UAUGUUUUAUGAUGCGCGCUUGCGACGUUACGAAACUUGGCUAUCUUAUCAACGAACGGUUAUCGUUCGUGGCGCCCGUGAGGGCCUACAUAGUUGGAAGCGGUGUUUUGUCGUCUUUUUUUGGUCUCUUUCCGCAGACGCUCUUCCUCUGAAUGUGUCGUCCUCCAGGUGCUGAACUUCCAAAUAACAAAGUUUCUCCUUCGAUGCGUACCGUCUUUAGCUGCUGCUUUCCGGCCUGGUUUUCCAUUUCCGUUUUUUAUCCCGAGCCACUCGCCUGCCCCGGCCUUCGAAGGCCGUCGCCUUUGGGUUCCGGAAACGCUGCCGUUUCCGGCAAAUAAAACGGCGGAAGACGCUCAAGAACUUUUCCCUCGAAGCAUUCAGCGCGGUGCACAAGCAAAGGUAUUCCAUUUCUCUCUGAGGAAGGUAGGAGAACGCUCUCCUUCUGUUGGUUGACCAGCUUUUCCCGGGGGCCGGUGGCAGUGCGCGCUGGCCCCGUGUGUCAACGUGACCCAGCGUUUUCUUGUUUUCUUUUAGUUUCUCCCAAAGCGAGUUGGUUUUUUUGAGAAAAAUCGCGACCCGCUUUGCACUGACCUCCGCCUGCCACCGGUUGCGCUGAAGGCAGAUUCGACGCGCCUCUUAAGCGCCUGUCGCGUCACAAUUCCCCUGGAGGGAGCCCUUGCGUAGCCUGGUUGCCUUCCUUUCGUCCACGUUUUCGAGGUUCAAAGUGACCAGAGGGCGCGGAAGAGAAAGUUAUUGAAAAAAAUUAUAUUUCAGACGGGAGACGGCGCCAUGAAGGAUGCAGAACACACAGAGAAGGACGAGGGCGGCGACCCUCCGCAGCGGGACAGGACGAUCAUGACGCACCGGGCAGAUGGAGAGCACAGUGGCGCAGAGGAAGAGAGGAGAAAUUCCGACGCGGAGGAGACAGAGGCUUCAGGAAGACCUCAGCAUUCAAAGGAAGGCAAGGCCGGAGACGCCCCCUCGUCAAAUGCAGUUUCUUGGUCUUCCCCUUCGUUUUCCUACGAAUCCUGGCUGCAAGGCGCAGAUGCGUAUCUCCUCGAGGACGAGUCUAAGCACCUCCGACAGCGGGAACUGAACAAGAUUUUUAAGAAGAAACUUUCCGAGUACAACGCUACACGGCCGCGACGCGAGUCUCCGGAUCCGCAGGAGUCUUCGCAUGUGCCAACUGACGGGAGAGACAGAGCGGCAGAGGCUGGUCGGGGCGAAGGCGGAGCAGACUCUGACGCGGGCGCCAAGAGAGCAGAGGCGGCUCGCGCGCCAGCACCGGUUCGCGAGGCUCUGAAAGAAGACUUUCUCGCUUUCGCAGAGUUCAAGAGAAACGCGCAGAAGCCGGAGCCGAGGAAGGCAGCGGCGGAGGUCGCCUCUGAUCCGCCGUGGUUCUCCCCGGCUGUCGCGGCCGCCGCGACCGCAAACACUUGGGAACCUCGCGAGCGGGGCGGAGACCUGAGGGGAGAGCCACUGCGGCGAUGCGGAACAAGAAGAGACAAAACGACUUUCCCCGAAAGAGGACAGGGCGCAUCUGCGUCCCCGCCUUCCUUCCACGUGUCUCUACACAAGGAAAUCUGCGACCUCCUCGCCUACAUUCAGCCAACUGACGUUGAAGAAUACAAGACGCUCAAGGCUAUUGCUCGCCUCCAGUUUGCUGCCUCUCUGUCCUUCCCGGGCUGCUCUUGCAAAUGCUUUGGAAGCUUCGCGACAAGCAUGAUGUUGCCUGGCGGCGAUGUCGACAUCUGCAUCUUGAUCCCCUCGUCUUCGUCUCUUCCUUCCUCUGCUUCUUCCUCUUCCUCUUCUUCCUGUGCUGUUUUGGGCUCGACUUGGACGCCGGCAUCGCGCGGCGAGAACCACCCGGCGUCUGUGAACCGCAAGAGGAGACGCGAGGAAGGGAAUAGCGCCUUGCUCGCUUCUCUGUCUCCGGAGGCGGCCCUCCAUCACAGCGAAAGUGUAGCGCAACUCACGCUGCUUUCUGCCACGCUGCUGGACUUAAAGGUCGCUCAGGCUCUCGAACUUGUCUCCUCCGCGCGCGUGCCGAUCGUCAAGUACAUCGACGCGGAGACAGGCGUCCCCGUCGACGUCUCUGUCAAUCAACCCAGCAGUCUAGAAACCACUGCGUUCGCGAGAGAAAUGCUUGUCAAGUUCCCGCUUCUCCGCCCGCUCUUGCUCCUCGUCAAAUUUUUUCUCAAACUGCGUAAUUUGUCGGAGACCUACCGGGGAGGUGCAGGAAGUUACUUGUUGUUUACGAUGGGUCUUCUCUUCCUCAAGUCCUGGCCUGCAGCCCACGACCCAACUCUUCAGCGUGGGCUGCUUCUCUCUCACCUUCUCAUCGAUUUCUUCCACUUCUGGGGCAGACACUGGAACUACCGCGACUGGGGUGGAUGUGUUCGAGGUCUUGGCCAUACGUUUUUGAAGGAUGCACGCCCGGAGCUGUGGGGCGAGAGACGCGAGCUGCUGUGCAUGGAGAGUCCGACAACCCCCGACAUUGACCUGGGGAAGAACGCGUUUAAUAUCUCCAAUGUUAGAGCCGCGUUCCACCAAGCUUUUGCGGAUCUCAUGGCUCUUCAGGUUGAGUGGGUCGAAGCGGAGGCUCAGUGGCGGGCUGCAAGGGAGUCACGACGCAAGGACGGGAACAUCGAUGUGCCUCUUCCCCGCAUGUUCUCGGAGAGCCUCUUGGCGCAUUUAUUUGACCCGGCGCAUGCAGUUUUUUCUCUUCGCGAGCCGCGACGCGUCCAGGUCCCGAGAGAGGAGACUGUUCGGUCUCUCCUCGGUUUGGGUCGCGCGCGGCUCGCCCGCAGAGAACGAGGGAGACACGAAAGACUGAACGAAGAAAAGCAGCAGCAGAGGACAUGGGCAGAAAAGGAGAAGGGAGGUAAAGCAGAGAACGAAAUGGCUUGGGUCGAGCCGGACAUUCCGCUGGAGAUGAUGGAGGAGGUCGCAGCGACGUUUCUGCUUGCGUCGUCUGCACUGCAGGUGGAGAGCGAGGAGCCGAGAAACGCGCAGGUGAAGCGAGAGAGAGCGGGGACGGGUGGCGCAGCAGAGAAUGCGGAGAAAGCAGUCGAAGACACCGAAAGUCGCAGGGCGCCGGGGUCCGCUCUCUCCGCUGCUGCACCCAGGGCGGAAGAAGGAAGGCGGUCAAGGAGCAGCGAAGAGGAUUUCGACGAUCCUGAGGUCGCGCAAGUCUUCGCAGCCUUCCAUGAAAAUGUGACAGAAAGCCAUGUCAAGAAAAAACUUCAAGGGGGCUACGCGGCUUUCCUCGCGCGACUCUCCGUCCUCGCGUCGUAAACCUGUUUUGCCUCCCAAUACCCACAGGACGAGAGGGCAAUCAUCUCUCAGACAGGAUGAUCUACAAGCUUCUUCUGGGAAGCCUUCGCUACGAGGCGGACUCAUGGUUGAGAUCUUGAAGAUCUUUGUUUAGCGGAUCCAAGAUCGCCUGUGCUCUUCGUGACUAAACAAACGAAGUUCAAGACUGACACACACAGACAUCCGAAAUAGAAGACUAAACAGUCUCAGACAUCGAUAUAUAUAUAUAUAUAUACAAAUAUGCAGGCGUACAUGUAAAGUAUACACUAGGUUGCUUCGUGCAUCUAUUCAUAUGCAUGCAAAGAAGUGUAAGAGAUUAGAGUCGGCAUGCGUGUAUCCAUAUAUAUAUAUCUAUAUAUAUAUAUAUAUAUGUAUAUAUAGCAAUGUUAUUACAUAUACAAAAACAAAUAGAUAUACAGGUUUGUAGCAGCAAACCUGUACAUCCAUACACACAAUCAUAUACGUUUAUAUAUAUAUAUAUAUAUAUGUAUUGGUAUGAAGCUGUUUGCAUGUAUGUACAGCUGUGUAUGUUUCCGGUGUGUAGGUCGCUGUAGGCACCUGAAUCAGUGAGGUAGUUUUGUGGGGAGACUGUGGUGAGGAGUCGCGGGAGUUUUGUUUGAGUCAACAGGCCCUGCACGUCGCACUUUGUAGAGAGAAACUGCCUGCACUCACUUAGGAUCAGAACGCGAGAGUUGGGUCGAGCGAGCAAGGCAUGUGAACCAAGAUACACAGGAGAUCUGCAGACUGUCGUUUUCUGUGUUUUCUUCCCGUCACUAAAGACGAAACCUCGCGUCUGGGUUUCAGCUACUGCUGGACUUUCGUUUCUGGAAAAAGGGCAUCCCGAAGUGAAUCUCCUGAAGUUGUGCAGCUUGUCUGCAAGUGUCGGUUGCUCGAAGGGAGGUGAAAACAACUGGGAGCUGCAAAGACGGCGAAGCAAACGAAACAGAGGGUCCGCGCUUGGCUUGAACUUCAAUUCUGUCAUGCUAUAAAGAACCGAUGCAGGUAUGUGUGUCUUUGUCUUCUGCAUACACACAAACGCAUGUAUAUUUAUGAGGCAUGCACGUAUAUAUAUAUAUAUAUAUAUAUAUAUGUGAAUAUUUUCAGUGGCGUAUGGACGUAUUUUUCAUAGUGUUGACUGACGCUAGAUGGGAAACACCAGGUCUCUGGAAAUCAUUGACCGUCU